AUGCGAUGGAAACUCAUUGCAAGAGUAAAUUCGCUCCCAAAGUCGUUAGACAUCGACUGGGAAAACCCACAAGCGAUCGAUAGCAAUAAUAUCCCAAGUGAUACGAUAGAGUUAAUAGAUAAGAGUAGUUACUAUACAGCAAGGUUCGUAUUCCAAGAUGACCAAGAAUACUUUUGUCUUGAGAAAUAUGGUAAACAGUGGUGGAUAAAAUGGAAGAUACGACAUUUGAUAGAAUCCGACCUACAGAAUAAUUACAAUCAAGUAUCUACUAAUAAAUCAAAUCAAUUAGGUUAUGAUACGCAUUGGGCACAGUUGAAUAUCAAGGAAUUAUUACCAUAUUGGCCUUUUCAACAUGUUUUACAACCGGCACAUGGAAACAAGCGUGGUCUUCAACUGAAUAUGACCCCACCUAAUACAAAUAUAGCAUCAAAAAAACAAAAGAACCAUUCACAUGCAGAAAGCGAUAAUUCUAAUAAGAACCCCAAUGAUUAUAUUGUUUCAAAAUAUAAUGAAUUAUUGUUUUCCCCAGAUAUAGCUUUAGCUUAUUUUGUUAAGUCAACUCUGGUACGGUUUUAUAAUAUGUGCAAAUAUACUGCAGAAGGUAAAGAAUUGAAAUUAUUAUAUAAGAGUACCCUUGAGUUAUUAGUAAUGAAUAUUUCGGACUUUGAUAAAAGACAUUUGAAGCAGAAUUUGUUGUUAAUGGAAAGUACAUCAGCUGUUGGACGACACAGUUUUGCAAAAGCUAGACAACAUUGCCUUAGAAAAUAUCACAUACAUAUAUCCGAUGAUGAAUCUAUAAAAAGCCCAAGACUAACCGAUCUAGAAGUUAUAUUGAAAGCCAGAGAGAUUAAAUUACAACUUAUUUUAUUAUUGGAAUUAAUUAAUCAAUUUCAUUUAGAUCAGAAUUUCCAAAAUUUUCAAGAAAAAUAUAAAUUAAAAUUAAAGCAUAGAUCUUUGAACGUUACUCGUAGAGGUUUAAAACGAAAAAUAUCGACCGAGAAACAGGUGAAGAAGUCUUCUAUAGAUUAUUGUGAGCUAUUAGAUUUAUAUUUGGAUAAGUUGUCCAUUUUGGAAAUGUUAUUGGAAACAGGCAUAUCUGUGAGUACUACUGAUGGUGAGGGUGAUCCUUUAACUGAUUACAAAAAGAGUAUUUUAAAUAAAGCAAAAGAGUCAUCAUCAACAGGGUUUACUAGGUACAUUUUGAUCCCUUAUUUUAGUAAGAAAUUACCAAAUACUGUUAAGUUCAUUAUGCACAAAAUCAAGGGUCCAAACCUAAAGUUAACCGGUUUAACAGUGUCAAAAAAUGGGAAUAACGCAAAAGACCCGAUUCAGCCAUUAUAUGAAAUUGAUUCAAGACAAGGGUCAACUCCUGAAAGUGUGGUAUCAACUCCUUCGUCGUUAAAAAGUAUAGGUUCUUAUAGCAGACCUAGUCUAUCAAGAAGACCUAGUUUUGGUAGUCAACCUAGAUUAUCUCUGUCGCCUGAACUAUUAGAAUCAAGAACAAAUUCCAAUUUGAGUGAGUUUUUGGAGGCAGAGGCAAAAGCAAUGCGGAAGUUACCGUCAUCUUUGUCCAGAACAUCAUCUGAUCUGGUGAUAAAUAAACUACAAAGAAGACAAUUAAAGGCCGAAGAAUUAUCUACCAAGAAAGAUAAUGGAUCUCUAGCAUUUAAGUCAAAGACAACAAUGACAUUUUCUCAACCGUUUACAGGACAUGAAACUGCAUCGGUUGCAUCCCCAAAAUCUUUCCGUAGAGUUGGUAAGCGUACUCGUUCUAGCCUGGGCGAUGUAUCGAUGGCAAUCAAGGAUAAUAUUAAAUUUACCAAUGAAGCAUCGGUACAAGUUAUGGCAACGCCCAUGGGAAAGACAUCUAAAACUUUGAUGUCGAAGACGGUCAACAUGGAUCUAAUAGUUGAGUCUCCAACAGUUAUGACUCAACCAGAUCAAGAUUUUAAGGGCAAUGUGGCUUCACCUCUAUCCAACAGUAAUUCAGCUUCUAUCCAUACACCUUCAUUAAAACAGCGAGCACCGCAAAUCUCCGUACUUGACCAAGUCAUUGAGGCAACCCCAAAGGACAGGCCGGUUCGGAUGUUUACUGACAAUCGAGUCUCGGUACCUCCAGUAAAGAAGAAAGUUAGAAGAAGGUUGUUUGGGCCAUGA